CGCAGCGCCCGAUCCCGGCCCGCGGCGGCGGACGCGGCCUCCCGGCCCCAUGGAGGGGGACAAGAAAAGAACCAAAGAAGAUACUUGGAAAGCAGAAGAACUUAGGAAACAUCUAAAGGCAUCACUACCAGAACAAAAUGAAGACCAAAAACACAGAGAGAAGAAACUGCAGAGAGAGAGGACUGUUUAUGACAUAGACCCUAACAGACGUGAACUCAGAGGCAGAGAGAAGAGCAAGGAAAGAACAAGAGAGAGAGAAAGAUUUAAAUCCAGUGAAAGGAACAGGGACAAACGGAGAGAAAGGGAACAGGAACACCAGAGAGAAGACCGAGGGAGACACAAAGAUAAGGUUCAAGAGUCAUAUUUGGAGGAGAGACAUGGUAUACUGAAACAUAAAGACAGAGAGACUGAUAGAGAACGAGACAAAAAGCACAAGACAUAUGAAAUAAAGCAAACAGAUCCACAAAAUUACCUGAAAUCAUUUGAAGGAAGAGAUACAGAACAUCACAGAAGAAGAGAAAUCAGGCAUCGUUUGGAGGAGGAGAAAGCAAGAACUGAGGAGCGAGAAAGAAGACAUAAAGCACAGAAGGAUAAUGAUUUAAGAAAGAAAAUUGAGAAAGUUUUAGCCUACAAAGUUGAAGAAGGUGAACGUGUACACAAGUUAGAGAAACAUCAAGAGCUGGAUAAAGAGAGAGAAAGAAAACACAGAGAAAAAAAAGAACAUUCUGUUGGGACAGAAAAAGAGAGGCUUUCUAAAGAGAAAAGUCAUAAACAUUAUGGAAAGGGAGAGGAAGAAAAGCAUAAAUCGAAGAGAUCUAAAGAAAAGUCUUCCCAUGGAGACAGAGAGGGGCCAGCAGCAGAAGCUAAGGAGAGAGUAAAAAGUAGAGAAAAUGAGAGAAAGAAACAUGAUCUAAAGAACAGUGAAUACAAAAAGGAGGACAAGAUUCAAGAAGAAAUGAGACAUCAGCUUACAAGGACUGUAAAAGAUAAAGGAAAACUCAUCAAAAAAGAGGAGAUGGACACAAGACAAGAGGAAAUGAAAGAUACACACAUCUCUAAUUCAGACACAGGACUUGAGGAUUUUUCACCAAAUUAUGAAAAUGACUUUGAAGACUAUGAAGAUGAUUUUGAAGAUGAUGAAGACAAAACUGGUGAAGUAGGAGAUGCAGAAGAAAACCUGAGAGAGGUUCCAUUUUCCAGAACUUCAGAAAUUGAAGAAAUUCAAAGAGCAAUUACUGCAGAAAAUGAUAGGAUUUUUAAUCCAUUGCCAAAGAAACUGGAAAAUGAAAAAAAGGAACCAGUCAUGGAAAGGCAAGAUUCUUCUGUCAGAAGCUCUUUUUGUGGAAUAUUCAUGGAUUUCCAAAUGGCAAACCAAAGACAAAGCAGCCGAAGUAUGGCCAGUAAGCAGAAAAAACGGAGUUCAGAACUUCUUCCACUAAUUGACCUGGAUUUCUCAGUUAGUUUUUCAUUGCUGGAUUUGCCCCCUGUCAAUGAGUACGACAUGUAUAUCAGGAAUUUUGGUAAAAUGGACACCAAGCAGGCAUAUGUUCAGUGUAAUGAGGACAAUCUUGAUAGAGACAUUCAGACUGAGGAAGUUGAGACACUGGAGAAAUGGACACAGCAUCCAGGAGAAAGUGCUCUUGUAUCUGGAGGUCCCAUAAACAGCCAGGAUACAUCAGUGAAUGGAGCUCUGACGCCUAAAAUAGAUUCACAAAGAUUAGCAAAUUUUCUCCGGUCUGCUUGCCAGGUGAUUGCUGUUUUGCUAGAGGAAGAUCAAGUUGCAACACAACCCAGGAAACUAAGAUCUCGACAAACCAGUCUGUCUAUUAGUGAUAGCUGUUUCCAGUUAAAUACUAACCAGCCAUUCCUCCAUGGCCGAAAAAUACCCUGCUUGUAUGUCUCUCAAGUUCAGAGGCAGACACUACUUUCUGUCCAUGGAUUACCUGAAAAGGCAGGUGUUGGUUUGCUGAGCAGAAAGAGCCUUAUAUGUGUUUGGAACAUCUGGCAGCCCUCCAGUCCUCAGAAAGUUUUAAUAUGUGAUUCAGAGGUGGUAUGUUGCUGCCUUAGUCCCAGUAAAGCAACAUUAGUUUUUGCUGGAACAGUAGAUGGUUCAUUGUUGGUGUGGGAUCUUCGAGAAGACUCAAGAAUGCACCCUUGUAUGAUGAUCAGUGAAACUGAGUGGACAUUUAGAGUUCCCACAUUUUCCACAGAUGGCAUUCUCAACUCAGUAAACCACACCUCUCCUAUACUGGCAGUGGAACCUGUCUCAACUUCUCUCACCAGUGACCACAGUUAUGGGCUCUCAAGCCUCUCUUACCAGGAGGAAAUGUCAAGCUCUCCAUUUCAGAUAGCUUCAAUGGAUGAAAAUGGAAUCCUCAACAUGUGGGUAGUUGUUGAAUUGCGAAAAGUGGAUCUAGCGGGUUCACAAACUGACUUAGGUUUAGUUCCUGGAGGGAGAGUGAAGUUAGUACAUAGCUCUACUAUGGAAUUGAAUAACAGCCUUUUCCCAAAGGAUAUUAGCCAGAGAAUGCCACAGACACUGACUAUUAAAUUUCUGUCUUCUAAUACCAAUCACUUCAUUGUUGGAACAAACAUUGGUCUGGUAGGCCAUGGUACAAGACAUGAUUUAAAAGUUGUUCCAAAGCUAUUCAGACCCCAGGAGAGCAGACUAAGAUCAAUAAGCAUCACUGCAAUUGAUUUCUUCCCUUUUGGAAAGCCACUGUUUUUGGUUGGUUGUUCAGAUGGAAGUAUUAGAUUACAUCAGAUGACAUCAGAGUAUCCCCUCAUGCAGUGGAAUGGGAGCACAAAGGGCCAGCCAAUUCUUGCCCUGCAGUGGGCUUUGACAAGACCUGCUGUGUUCUUUGCCCUGGAUGCAUCAUCCAAUAUUUACAUUUGGGAUCUUCUGGAAAAUGAUUUGUUGCCUGUGGCAAAGCAGACUAUCCCAUCAGAGAAGGUUGUAACUAUGACUCUGCUGGGAGAGCCAGAAAAAGCAAAUGGAUUGUUAGGCAUCGUGCUGGCCAAGGAAUCUGGACAGAUAGACAUUCAGUAUGUAAAGAAGAAGUGGGCAUUACCUCAGCCUGAGGAAUCUGACAAACUGUAUUCUAUUUUAUUGCAGUCUUUUUAGAAACAGGGUUGUACAAUUUAUUGUGCAAAAUGUGUAGUUUAUUUUUUAUUUCAAUUAAAAAAUUUGUAAUGCAAUUUGUAUAUUAUUUGUAUAUAUUUUAAAGACUAUCAAUACAUUAUUUCAACAAACAAUAUAUUUUAUGAUAAAAAUGACAGAAUCAAAUUUACCAUUAUUGUACUCAAAAAUAUGUUUGCUGUGUUUCAUUAUUGAAAGUAUUUUACAUGUACAUAUACUUUUAAAAAAUACCAAAAAUGCAUUCCUAUAAAUUGCACUGCUGUUUUUCAUUAUUUCACUCUGAAAUAAAUCAGCAAUUCUUUGGCAAACAUAAA